AGAAUCCAUCCUUCGUACGGUUUCCCCAACGAACGUCGUUGAAAACACUAGGACCGAACCAGACAGCCCCUCCAACAAUCUAAGGAGGCGUACAAAUCUCAUUCAUGACCAAGAUGCGGGAGAUGCUCCCACCAGUGCGGGGGAUCACCAGCGCGUCACUUCGUGGAAGUCCACAAUGAGCUCACUCUUUGUGCCAGAGAAGCAGCUUGGGAAGGAGCCUGCCACAAUGGACAGUUUGAAAGCAAUCGUCUUUGCUUCAUGGCUUAACCCUCUUCUCAUCUUCAUUCCUAUUUCUUGGGCCUUGCAUUUCGCUCUGAACCGUGGAAAGUCAUCCAAUGACACAGUCAUCUUCGUUACUGCUUUCCUGGCCAUAAUACCUCUUGCUAAGCUCCUGGCUUGGGGGACGGAGGAGCUUUCCAUGCGCGUUGGGCAAACUCUUGGCGGUCUGUUGAAUGCCACGCGUAAGCAGCAAUGCAAACUACGUGUUGUCCAAAGUUCCUUGGUAGGUUCGAUCCUGUCGAACCUGCUUCUGGUUCUCGGCAUGUGCUUCUUCGCGGGCGGUACGCGCUUUGCCGAGCAGGGGUUUAUGCAGACUACGGCGCAGCUCAGUGUUUCACUGUUGGUUUUAAGUGUCACGGCAAUUCUUAUUCCCGCCGCAUUUAAGGUGGCUACUACCCAGAACCUCCAAGAUCAUGAUCAACAAGUUGAUGUGCUUCGUAUGAGCCAUGGGGUUGCCCUUAUCCUUCUCGCUAUUUACAUCUCAUACUUGAUUUUUCAACUCUGGUCGCACGCGCACCUCUUCAAUGAGAAGGACGUGAACAAUGCUCCUUCCCCUUCGAAACAGUAUCCUCCCAGUGAUGGCAAGCGCCGAGCCCGAUUUGAGGCGGCGAAGAAUAAAGUGAAGCAUCUGGGAAGGAAGAAGAGUAAUGGUUCGCACUCUACAGAGGAACAAGGGGAGCAAACAAAUAAAAUGGAAGGUACUAGCGCUCCUGUACAGGACGGGAACGCAGAUGCAGAAAAGGGCGCAGGAACUUCGGUUGUGGAUGAGGAGACCCCACAGUUGACUCUGGUGGUUACGUUUGGACUUUUGGUUAUAGUGACUCUCCUCGUGGCCGUCACUGCUGAGUUCCUCGUUAGCUCCAUCGAUGGGCUCACGCAAUCGGGUAACAUCUCCGAGGAAUGGGUUGGUCUCAUCCUUCUGCCCAUUGUGGGAAAUGCUGCGGAACACGUUACUGCCGUGACCGUCUCUGUGAAGGAUAAGUUGGACCUUUCGAUUGGUGUGGCCGUUGGAUCCUCGAUCCAAAUUGCACUUUUCGUUAUUCCAUUCCUGGUUAUUCUCGGGUGGAUCAUUGGGAAACCUCUCACGCUCCUCUUUGAUCCUUUUGAGAGUAUCGUUCUUUUCCUGGCUGUUCUGACCGUUGCAUUCUGCAUAAGUGACGGUAAGAGCAACUGGUUGGAAGGCAUGAUAUUAUUAAGUUUAUAUGUCAUAUUGGCCGUCGCAUUUUGGUGGUAUCCUGCGUCGACGAUUUCGAACUGCUAGGAUUCAGGUAUCCGAUCCAGGGAGAAGUUUCCCCCCCAUAUUUUCAAUGUUAAUUCGACUUUAUGUUAUGGUCGAUGAAUCAGAAUUAUUUGUUGACAUGCCUCUUUCUUGCCUUUUCAUAUUUCUCAAUCCCCCUCUCGAGUAUACCCCUUCCCAUCCUGUUUUCGUGGAUAUGAAGCGAUUCCGUGGUGCAAUGGAAUGAAACGUGUUACGAAAGCUAACCGGCACUGGGCACGAAUUAACGUAGCGUGCUCAAUGGCGACCGAAAGAAGCGGGGAAAGAACAUGCACGAUGGCUCACAGUAAGGUGUGGAAAGAGCCUUGGCGAUAGCGAUGAUCUGGUGGAAAGUUCCGCAACUAGGAUGCUGGGUGCGAGACAACUGGACACUUUGGUGUAGCCUUCGAUCGCCAACACGCUCCCUCGGUCCAUCCUCCAACACAAGGCUGAGGACGGGGACCAGAUUUGAGUUUCGGUUACAUAU